CGCGAGAGGGGCGGGGUCUCUCUCUUUCUCUCGUCCCAGAGAGAAAGAGAGAGAGGCACACACACAACAGGAAGAGUUUGGAAGGGGAGCAGCCAUGGCUCCGGAGCGGAGGAUGAGCUUCCUCUUCCUCCUCGUUGCAGCCGGGUUGAGCCUCGCCCAAGGCGCAGGUGCCUUUGAGAUCAACCUUUUUCGCAUUUUCAAUGUAACGAUUUGGAUAAAACCUGGAUAUCCAGAUCUUAAAACCUGUGGUAUUCGUACAGGCGGAAAGCAAUAUUUUACUGAACAAAAAAUAAAUCCAGGAGAACGGCCUGAUUUUACUUUCAGCUGUUCAACUCCGGAGAGGCAUUGGGUCCUGUUGGUGGAGAAGAACAUUGAUUGUAUGUCUGGACAAUGCCCUUUUGGUGAUGUUCUGCUUCAACCUUUUGGAUUACCAAGUCUUAACAGGACCUUUGUUUGGGACGUUAAAGUUGAUCAGCACAGUGGCAUUGAGCUCAAGUUCUCCCCAUCAUUAAAACAAAUUCAACCCGGAGAUACUUGCUCAGAUCAAGUCCUUUAUCACAUUGGUAGCCGUCUGAAUAGGGACAGGGUCAACAUUGGACACUUCUGCAGAAAUGGCUCUGUGUCCCGGGUGAAGGUGCAGGGUGGAGUCAUCUUGACUUUGCAGCUUCCUUGGAAUUCGAAAUACAACACCUCUGGCUUUAAAUUGGAAAACAGAUCUUCUAUACAAAGAUUAUGCAUUAUUGAAUCCAUGUUUCAAAAUGAAUCAUCUACCACCCUGAUGUCUGCCAACUAUCCACUGGGGUUUCCAGAAGAUGAGCUCAUGACAUGGCAAUUUGUCAUUCCAUCCAAUUUAAGAGCCCAUGUCUUCAUCAAAGACUAUAUCAAACCAAACUGUGAACGCAAAUUUGUGAAGCUGGAAUUAUAUUCUGGCCAGGAGAAAGUAUUAGUACUGGACAAGGGGCAACGUGCCAACGUUCCUGGUAGUUUCAACCUUUCUCUGCAGGGUUGUGAUCAAAUAGAUGCGGAUCCAGGAGUACUCAGUGUGCUUUUUGAUGUUACUGCCCAUUAUCCUAAAAACGAAGAGAAUGUAACCAUUAUCCUUGACCUAAGGAAAGAGAAGAACAUGAACGUUACGAUUUAUUCUAAGCCGACAAGGCCUGAGUCCUUUCCGAAACACGAGCAAGGAUGCUCAAUCUGUAUUGAUUCCAGCAAAAACUGUAAACCCAAUGUGACUUUACAAUCUGCCUACAAAUACUCGGUCAUCUUUAUGUGCCGAAAUCUGGAGAAUAUAAGGAUGAUAGCUGAGAAAUCUAUAGUUUGUUGGGAUUCAAGAAGCUGCUACAAGGACUUCCCUCUCGUUGUACCGCAGUCUCUUACUGCACUGCGAAUCCUAAUUGAGAAAUUUAUAUGGAAACUCCAGGCUCCAACAGACCUCAACCUAGAAAUUAGGUCUUCAUUCCUGAAACUGAAACAACAUAUUCCACAGAAGAGCCAGCUGUGCAGUGGAAGUUAUAGUUAUACCAUUAAUGGUACCACCCCAGGGAGAAUAAUGAACUAUGGCCACUUUUGUCCUGGGGGAGCCAUUGAAAAAAUUGUGACUGGAGACAAUGUCACCAUUACUCUUAAGACAUAUGGGGAUAAGUGGUUUACUGAGUUCCAGAAACAGGAUCUUCACCUGUCUUUUGUGCCAAAAAUAACUGACGACUGUAUUUUCAGUUUGACUCCAGAUCCAAAAGCCAAAGUGUAUCUAGAGACCCCUGACUGGUUGAAAGGCUUCCCUGCUCAUAAAUCAGUGUAUUGGAACAUUAGUGUCCCACGAAAACGAGUUGGACAGCUAGAUUUCUUAAGUGAAAAGAUGGGAGUAACUUGUGUUGAAAACCGGGCUCAUAUUUAUAUUAGAGAACACAAUCCAGAGGCAAAAGAAAUUGUAUGUCGUGAUGAUGAGAAACUGCCAAGAGCUUUAGAAAUCCGUGACCACUUCUGGGUAAACAUCACUAACUGUAAACCGACUGCCGGGAAGCUGCUGAGUAUGCAAUUCAUGGUGACACUUGUUGAGAAAAACACAGCUCUGCCGAUCAUAAUUGGUGCAGUGGUUGGUGUGAUAGCCGUCCUAGCUGUUAUUGGGCUUAUCAUAUUCUGCAUGAAGAAGAAAAAGAAUGGGAAAAAGGAAGGGCCAACCCCAAUGGUAGGCGUAUAUAAUACCAAUGUCAACACCCAAUUACCCGGGCGAAAGGGACUGUUCAAGAAGGAUCGGAAAAAUAAUGAGUCGCAUAUCUAUGCGGUUAUUGAUGAAUCCAUGGUUUAUGGACACCUGCUGGACACAUCUACAAUACCAGAAACUGCUGCGGUUGGGGUGUACCAGCCCUUUUCUGGCCCCAUGAGUACCAAACCACCUUCCCCGCCUCCACUGAGGAAGGCAUCCAAAGAGCCCAAUAUGGAGGAGUCUUCUUUCAUGUUACUGACUGACAAUGAGAACUAUACUUUUACACACCGUUCAGCCAGGGAACCUCAGAGCAAUGGCGAUGUGAAUGUCAGUGGAAAUGUGGGCAGCAAGCCCUUGCUUGAAGACAAUGGACAGGAAAAUUCUGCAUUAUAACCUCUAUGCCAAUGACUUCUCAGGUUCAAAGAAGCAAUCCAGUCUUGACAAUUGACUGUGUGUGUGGUGUGUUUAAAAGGAGAACACCUCUGAAACCAAUAUGUUCUUCUUUUUUUACCUUUGUUUUCAUCUUUUUUCAGUCUUUUCAAAGAACUUCCAGUGCUGAAAUUGCCUUAGCACAUUCCACAGGGAUGUAUAUUUUGAAUUUGAAAAUCAACAGCAAAAAAUGCAUUUUCAGUCUUUGAUUAAGAACAGACUUCUUUCAAAAAGUAAAGACGGGAGACCAGGUAUUGUAUAUAAAAAUGGAAUUACAGAUCAACACAAUCAAAACACCAGUUGAUUUCUUAUCUAUCUUGGCAAAGAUUGGGUGUCAUGGAGUUGAAGGAAUACUUGUGCCAAAAAAAAUUGUAUCAGGAGGACCGCUCUCCUAACUGGAGCUCUGCCAAAAGAAUGUUAGUUGUAUUAUUUAUGGAUUUUUAUUUCAUAGUUCGUGUCCAAGGGUUGUAUUCAUUAUUGAGUUAGUCAUCUGCACAAUUAAGCAGCAGUUUUAAAGGAAGAAUGCUCUUUAUCUACUUUCUGUCAGUUGUGCAGUAUAUGUACAAUUAAGGGCAUUCCAUUUUUAUUUUUCCUGCUACUUUUGUAUGGAAAGAAUGUUGUAAAUUUUUACUGGUUAUUCUCAGUGGUGCUUUAAAAAAAUGUUGGGAUAGUGCCAAGGAUGUCAUACAAAGAAAUUAUAUUAUUCCAGCAUUAAACCUCAUCCGUAUAAGAAAUGGGUUGCCUUAUGUUUGAUUGUCAACCUAUAGUGACAUCUUAGUAUCAAAAUGUGCUUUUAACAGGAGAAAAACACUCAGUGCCUUAUAAAAUUCAAUUCCACCAAUCCUCAGCAAAUGUCCAGAUAAUACUGGAUUCGACUUUCCAUCAGCCUGGCCCAAGGCAAAGGAUGAUUUAUUUAUUAUUAUUUAUUUACUGUAUUUGUAUACCACCUUUCUCAGCCAAUUGGCGACUCAAAGCGGUUCCCAACAAAUGAUGGGUGUAGGUAGUAGUUUCUUAGCCAUUUUCUGUAGAUGUGAAAUUUCCCACAAAUUACAUUGUAAAAAUAAGAUCAUUUUCUGCUUAUAUAAAAAAAACAAUAGUUACGUCCUUGCCUCCAGGUACAGAAACACUGUCAAUGAAAACAACCAUUCUGUUUGCAGGGAUAAUGCAGAUAUAAUAAUAAUAAUAAUAAUAAUAAUAAUAAUAAUACUAUUUAUAUCCUGCCACCAUCUCCCAUAGGGACUCAGGGCGGCUUACAAUGGUGCCAUACAACACAUAAAAUGCAAUACAUGUCAUAUAAAAUUAAUAACACAUUUACAUAAAACCAGACAUAUAAAAUUAACAAAAGCAACCUCUAUUAAAUAAAAUCUGUAAAAUGUGACUAUAGCCAUCACAGCCUAAAUC